GCGGGGCUUUGAAACAGGGCAGAUGGGUUGAGCAGGUUAUGUAUCACGCCAGAGGGAGUAGAGGACGCGGAACCAAUUGACACCUUCCUAGAAUACGAAAGGGGGGUUCUUGUUGUGGAUAACGAAAUGCUCGACUCAACGCUUACAACAUGUCAGUUACUAAUUCAGACCUUGGAAAAGGGCGCGCCUGCAGUAGUUGCAGAACUCAGGGAAGGACCAGUCACCACGGUCAGGCGCAAAGAGGAAAAGGACUCGUGGGGAGCAGAAGUAGGGGCCAAAGAGGAACUGAUGGCAAUGGUCGUGGAAGGGGGACGGGACGCCGUGAUGACGUUGGCCGAGACCUGGGCGCAGAAGGAGUGUAAGUACCUACUCAACCAGACCCGAAAUGAGCAGGAUACGGAUCAGAAGGAACAAGAGUUCUUCCUCAUACAGAUGUAUGAGGGCGUCUUUAGAGAAAUCGGUCUGCUGCUUGUAGGGAACAAACAACCCGCGGAAGUCAGCUCCAAGGCAAGGGAGGAAGCUGAGGAGUACGUCUUAAGAAAUGGUCACCUGUUCAAGAAAGAGGAAGGGAUGAUGCCUAGGCGUGUGGUUUGUGGGGGAACUAGGCAGCUGGACGUAAUUCAGGCAAUGCAUGAUGGGCUAGCUGGAGGUCACCGGUCACAUGCAUUCGGCAAGGUAUUCCUCUGGAAUACGAACUACGAAACGUCAGGAGUAUUGGAGGAGGAACCUGACAUUCUCCUAUGGUGCAAACAACUAUUUCGGGAAAAAGGGCUCCAGAAUCUCGGCCCAUGGAAACCAGACGGGUGGUUGGGAGUCACCUACGUUAUACCAAAGCACAAGGACCUCCAGCGAUGGACACCUAUUGCACCAGCUCUUGCCGACCCCGCGGGAGUUGCACAACGGAGGAUUGCUAGAGCUUUACAUUAUUUGUUGAUGCGGGUACCUAUCCAUAACUCGUUCUUCCUGAACUCAGUCGGAGAUAUCGGCGCUAGGCUGGAAGCUACUGCACACAGCCUACACGCGGAAGGAUGGCGGCAAGCUGUAGGGAGAUGCUAUGACAUCAAGGAGAUGUUUGCCCACAUUCCGCACACGGCUGUAAUGCAGGCGGUGCAUCAGCUCGUAAGGAGAUUUGAAGAUUGGGACUGGAAACUAGUGAAGGUGUCAUACCGGGCGAAGGCCUGUAUUCUGAGUAAGACGGCAAAAGCAACAGACGAAUAUAUGAAGAUCAACCUCAAACAGUUACUAGACGCAGUAGAAUACGACUUACGACAUUCUCUGAUCCGUUGCGGGUCGAAGGUGAUGCGCCAAGUUUUCGGUAUCCCUAUGGGCAAAUCAACGACCCCAGUGCUGGCCUGCAUAACAUGUGCAAUGGCCGAAGAGAAGUUCCUCCGGGAAAUCGGUGCAGACCGUAGACUGAUAGGAGGCUGGAGGAUUAUGGAUGACAUUUCACUGGUGGUGGGAUGCAGACCAAACGAUACCCAGGGUAACACGUCAAACUUCCUCUUCGAACUUUUUGAGAACAAUUAUGACGAGAAUCUGGAAAUCGUCUGGAAAGACAAAUGCGGUUGGACCUGGGAUUUCGUGGGAGGGACAAUGUUCGUCCGAAACAAUCCGAUUGAACUGCAUUAUGUUCCCAACACGAAAAACAUUGAGGCACUACACGAAGAAGGAAGACUGGUGUUUCAGACAAUGCGGGACUACGCAUCCUUCACGGAGAAGCAGACCAAGAAGGUUGUCCUCGCUGCUACGAUUAAGCGACUAUAGGCACACUCUACGUACAGGACAUUGGUGAUCGGUACUAUCGCAUACACGAUCUGUGAGGCAAACCUCCGCGGUUACCCCCCGAA